AUGUCCCAACUAUCUCUAGAGACGUUCACUAGGGCUACGCUGCCGAGCCAACCUGUGCCGGUGCUGGUGGGAUCCCGACUUGCGGCAGAUAGACUGAGCGGCCACAAGAAAUCACAAGUCUCAUUAGGAUCACCGAACAUUGGACGUUCUAAUUCAUGGAACGCGGAGCCAUCUAUCACUCCCGUAUCGGAACGACGCUCGUUUGAUGCCACCCCAUCUUUCACUUCAGCGCCCAUAGCACAUGAUGCGAAGAAUAAGAAGCGUUUCUAUCGCAUCACACUAGCUGCCAUAUUCUUUUGCUUUUUCCUUCUCGGUCUCAAUGAUGGCAGCAUUGGUCCACUGCUUCCCGUUUAUCAAACCUACUACAAGGUCAACUUUCUACGAGUAUCCAUGAUAUUCAUCACAAAUUGCUUGGGGUGUCUCACUUCUGCUGUCCUUAACGUCUUCUUGGCCCCUCGUAUAGCUUUCUCAAGGAUCCUCAUGCUGGCAACUGUGUUUCAAAUUAUCGCAUACAGCCUUAUUACGUCUGCACCAAAGCCCUUUGCCAUAAUGUGCAUUGGGUUCUUCGUUAAUGGCAUGGGAAUGUCCCUACUCAACUCUCAGGGAAAUGCCAUUCUGUCCAUGCUCAACAAUCCAACGGCAAUGGGCUUUGCGCACGCGUUCUACGGGACUGGCGCUCUUAUUGCUCCGCUCAUAUCGACUCAAUUCGUCGAACUUCCACGAUGGAGUCUGUAUUACACGAUUCUUCUUGGCACCUCGGUCCUCGACUUGAUUUCCUUUACUCUUGUCUUCAAAGGCGAAGGCGUAGAGGAAGUCUUGGAAAAGAUGGGGGUCAGGACGCAUGAAGAGGCUGAGCACCUCAAAUUGCAGCGCGUUCACGCGAGAGACGAAAAUGCCGACAUCGACGAAGUGGCGGAGACGACUCCCCGACGUGAUAGUGGAUCGUUUGGCGCAGUUCUUAAACAGAUCCACGUCCAUACUCUCGCAGCGUUUGUGUUCAUCUACGUUGGAACAGAAGUUACUAUCGGAGGAUGGAUUGUGACGUUCAUGAUCAAUGAGCGAGGCGGCGGCCCAUCUUCUGGAUACGUCAGCUCUGGGUUCUUUGGGGGCCUUGCUUUGGGUCGAAUAGUACUCCUCCAUGUGAACCGCUGGCUCGGUGAGCGACUAGCCGUCUUUGUCUACAUCGCUGCCGGUAUAGUGCUGGAGAUCACUAUUUGGUUCGUUCCAUCGCUCAUCGGAAAUGCGGUUGCCGUCUCGCUCGUGGGAUUGUUACUGGGCCCCUUUUAUCCUAUCGUCAUGUCUCAAACUGGGCGCAUCAUCAACCGGAACAUCCUUAGUGCGAGCAUUGGAUGGAUCGCAGGCUUUGGCCAAUCGGGUUCAGCAAUCUUGCCUUUUUUAACCGGUGGACUAGCGAAUCGAUACGGUAUCAUCGCUCUGCAGCCACUCAUUGUCGCUAUGAUGGCGUCCAUGGCUGCCCUAUGGUUCAUGGUCCCGACUGUUGUGAAGAAGAAUGAUUAA